ACCGGGACCGGCUUUGAAGCCAUUAGCAAGCGGCCUCGCAUCUUUAAGGCCAAGUACAGCGGAGGAGAAAGCUUUGCCGGCUCGGACCUGAGCAGCUCCCACACCAAGGCCGAGCUGGGGGACGUGGACCAAGAGGCAGAGAGUGGCGCCAGGGGGCCGGCAGAGGAGGCGCCGCAGCAGCCGACAGGAGAGCCCCCUGAGUGGCUCCUCACCAUCGAGCAGGGUGUGCGGUGCCUGGCCUGCUGCCGAGUCUUUCCCAGCCUGGACGCCCUCACCCAGCAUGUGAAGCAGGGGCUGCACGAAGGCUUCAGCUGCCGCGUCUACUACCGGGUGCUGGGGCAGAUGAGGGCAAGAGAGAGGUCCCAGAGGAGAGGGCAACGUGGGGGCCGGGGUUGGCAGCCACGCGUCCGGGAGUGCAGCAAGUGUGGGGGACAGAUACGGCGCCCACACAAGGCUGCCAAAUAGGCCUGGCGAGGCCGCGCUGGGGGGGAGCCCAGCUGCUGGCUGAGACCAGAAACGACUCUGCCAGGAGAGCCCUAAAUCCACAGGGUGGCAAGUGCAGCCAGCAGCGGGUCCGGGGCACACACGCCAGUCGCUGCCCCCGGCUAGGAAGCCCUGCCCCCUCCCGGCUUCCCAGCCAGACCCGAUCUCCACCUGAGGCCAGGACAAGGAGCUCUGGGACUCACCAUGAUACGCCCGGGUCCCUGCUUGGGAAAGACCAGCGCUACAAGCAUCAGGGCUGAGAACUGGCAGCUCCAGCAGCACCAGGCCAACUUCAUCCCAGCCCAGCACUUCAGACCCGCACCAGGCUCCCCCCCGGGGCCAACAGGCCAAACCGGA